ACAAAAAUUGUCUCUGUUUUUAAUUUUUUUGAAAAUGCAAAAACAAAAACGUUACCAAACGACCACUUAGAUUCGAGAGGAGAAAAUGGAGUAGAGCACCAAUCAGCCCUCUUGGACUCUUGGAGACCGAGACCAGCAGAAGAAAAAGAACACCUGUGUUGCAUAUUCAUACGUUUAUAUAUAUAGAUAGCGAGAGGAAUUUAGAGAGAAGCUAUGGGGGAAGAGGGACAAGGGAAGAAGAGGAGGGUGGUGGAGGAGUCACUAGGAGGGCUAACAGAAUCGUUGAUCAUGCCGAGAAAGCACGGGGCAAUCUCUGGCGUAGGUUCGUCCUCCAUUCUUGAACUCAAGGCCCAACUCUACCAAUCCUGGGAAGAAUCCAAGCGUCUCUCCAAAGAACCCCUAUCUGGUCACGAACAACACAUCGAAGUCCACCGUGCGAAGAAGAAGAUCGCCACACCCGAUACCUUCUCUCACACGAAGUCUGGUGUUGCCAAGUACAUUUGCAUUCUUAAUCUUGUUAUUUAUUUUGAUUAUGUGAAAUUGACUUCAGGGUUUUUAGAGUGGGCUCCCAAGAUGCCUUUGGUGCCAAAGACACGUGUUGCUUGCAGGGGCUCCGAGGGACCUCACGCCUAGGACACGUGUUAAUCCAUGGGGCUCCCACGUUUUUCGUGCUGAGGAUAUGUGUCGUUCUCAGUAAGAUCCGAGGGUUACUUAUGCCGAGGACAUGUGUCGACUCGCUGUUGACUCUCAGAAGUGUCCUAUCAAUUGAUCUUUGUACUGCGUGGGUGACGUGGCGUGAGAAGAUGAAAGGGCUUGACUCCUGCCUCCUUACGUAGCCGU